GGAGGUGGCGAGCGGGGGGAGGAAGCCCAAUCGCGCGGCGCCCCCGCCCCUGCCCCGCGCGGCGCCGCCUCUGCCAUUGCUGUGAGCGGGAGCGGGCGACGCGGAGGCUCGGAGUGCGGUCGGAGUCCAGACCUGCCGGAGCCGGGCGUGGGGCGGCAGCCUCGGGUCUCCCGGAACCAUGGUGAAGUUGGGGAACAAUUUCGCGGAGAAGGGUACCAAGCAGUCGCUGCUGGAGGAUGGCUUCGACACCAUUCCCCUGAUGACGCCCCUUGAUGUCAAUCAACUGCAGUUCCCGCCCCCGGAUAAGGUGGUCGUGAAAACGAAGACUGAAUAUGAACCUGACCGCAAGAAAGGCAAAGCACGUCCUCCCAAGAUAGCUGAGUUCACCGUCAGCAUCACCGAGGGUGUUACCGAGAGGUUCAAGGUGUCUGUGCUGGUGCUCUUUACCCUGGCCUUCCUCACCUGUGUCGUCUUCCUGGUCGUCUACAAGGUGUACAAGUAUGACCGUGCCUGCCCCGACGGCUUCGUCCUCAAGAACACCCAGUGCAUCCCAGGAGGCUUGGAGAGCUACUACACGGAGCAAGACUCCAACGCCCGGGAGAAAUUUUACACCGUCAUCAACCACUACAACCUGGCCAAGCAGAGCAUCACCCGCUCGGUGUCGCCGUGGAUGUCAGUUCUGUCAGAAGAGAAGCUCUCAGAGCAGGAGACUGAGGCUGCUGAGAAAUCCGCUUAGCGAGAUGGGCAGGUUCCUUACAGUGUCACUUGAAGAUCAAAAAUAAAUGACAAAAUAGUGCAAGAUCUGUUGCGAACAAGCAUGGUGGUCGUGGCCAACUCCAUCACUGUUUCCUGAAAUGUGUUUCCAAAACAUACAGUUUAUUUUAUUAUCAAGGGUGUUGGAAACAACGGCCAUGGCCUCGGAGCGGUGGGUGGGCAUAGAGUCAUGGAUGUUGUGAAGCUGUGCCGACGCAUAAGAGCAAUAACCGCGUGCCAAAACGCCUUCUGCAGAGAUAUCAUCUAUCGGCAAAUUCCAGCCCAUGUCAGUGCAGUGUCAAGGCAUCCCUAUCUGUAUUUUCUAGGAGACAUGUAUUUUAUUGACUGUAAGCUCAUUCACAUGUAACUUCUGACAUUUUCACUCUGUGCAAAUAAAGAACACAGGAUCCCUGUGGUGCUCCCCAGACUGUCUGUGCAGAGCCCUCGAGCCCACACCCUGGGGGCCCACGCGCACCGGGCGCUUUCUGAACACGUGGCCGCAGAUGCCUUGUGCCUGAGUACAAGCAGGUGUUCCUGGUUCCUGGGGCUCGGGUGGGUGGAGAGGCCCAAGUCCUCCUCUGGACGAAGCUCCGUGGGCCCCAGUGGCCGCAAGUCAGGCCUUCCCCACCCCCUGCCCACCCAUCAGGAGAGUGUUGGGGGCAGCAGUUCUGGGGGGAGCCAGGCCCCGUCCCCACACUUCUUCCCGGACAGGAGGCAGGUGGGCACACACGCACUGACUUUC